AUGUUCGCUAUAGAUACCCUUCAGUUUGGAGACUUGUCGCAAAUACAAGCCAUGGACGAGUCUCGCUAUUCUACCUGGAACACAAACCACGAUAACUACAUGUACCCAUACAAGCAGAACCUAGUAAAUUAUCCCUUGGAAGAAAACCUCUGUUUCGAUGAUUUCGAUGAAGGCAGCAUCAGUGUUCCACCCAUGCAGCGCUUCAUGGACGGCCCGUACCCCUUCAGCAGCGGUAUGUUAGAGGCAAACAUGCCCCUAUACAACCAGUACACAGCACAUCUAGGGUACCAAUGGCACCCAUCAGACAACCUUCGACAUCCCUCCCCUGACCGUACGUCUUCUGGCAAUACUAGUCAGAAUACCCAGGACGAGCUGCGGUCUCCGUACAUGUACCAUGCUACUCCAUGCACUGGUCCCAUGGAAUACCCUCAGGCCUCGUUCCCCUGUUCAUCGAUCGAGCAAUUUCAUAAUGGCUCUUAUCAGCUCGACGUUCCGGCAUUUCCAAGUAACUGUACCCUUAGUCAACUCGAAUACACCCGCGUGACGGAGGCAGUUGCAGAGGAAGUCGAAGAUGGUAAUGUCAAACAAGAGGCUAUUCCUAGCCACGAGCAAGGAACCGUCAAGACAGAAGAGACAAGAGAGUACACGACUUAUGCAGAUUCGGCAAUUGAACUCUCCACAAGAGACGCUCAAUCAGUUGAACCAGUCGAACCAAUUGAUUACCCCGAAGAGUCCACUUCAGAUUCCGAGUAUAACCCGACAUCUAGUCGGUCCAAUAAGAGGAAAAGGGCGACAGCGUCGAGCAACAGCUCUAGUCGUACCUCAAAGCGUCGCACACAUACUCGCAAGGACUCUCACACUACCAGUCCUACAACGCCGAUCAAAUCUGAGAAGAAACAACGCCGGACCUCGAAGGCCUCUCAGAGCCCUAUCGACCUGAGCACCCACCCAGACUAUCGCCGUCCCUUCCCUUGCCCCUUCGCUAUAUAUGGCUGCAAGUCCGACUUCGUCUCCAAGAACGAGUGGAAGAGGCACAUCAGCACCCAACACAUUAAGCUCGGCUAUUGGCGCUGCGAUCUCUGCCUGCCGUCAGUAGAUCCAGAAGACGAUGACGCUCUCUACCACAACGACUUCAAUCGCAAAGACCUCUUCACCCAGCAUCUGCGCCGCAUGCACGCCGCCCCCAAAGACAAGUCUCACCAGUCCACAAAGGAAUACCCCGUCACCGAAGCCAACCUCCCCGAGCACCAGAAUCGCUGCAAUCGUAAGCUGCGAGACCCGCCACAGUAUUCUAGCUGCCUCUUUUGCAACUCCGAAUUUGAGGGUGCGACUUCUUGGGAUGAGCGCAUCGAGCAUAUCGGACACCAUCUUGAGAAGGAUAGUGCGAAGAGGGCUGGUAUGCUUGACUGCACUACUUGGUACAAGGAUACGAGACUUGAGUGUUAUUUGCUCGAUGAGGGUCUCAUCAUGAGAAAUGGUAGUGGUUGGAGUAUUGGUGAUGGUAUUCCCUGUAGGGUUGCUGUCAUAGAGAGCGAUGUGGAGUCUGAGGAGGAUUGA